AUGGCCAACACACAAUCCUCGCAGGCCUUCUACAGCCUCACCCUCGAGGCCUCCUCCGCGCCCACCGCUGCCUGCACAUGUAACGUCAUUCCCGGCCUGAAGCUGCAAGACCAGCAGAUCUUCGAGGCGCGAGGCCAGCGACUCUACCUCCACCGCAUCAUUGAGAACAGCGACCGCACAGAGGUGCAGGUGUCGACCUUCUUGGAUCAGGAUGUCUUCGGCAUCGUGCGCGGCGUGAGCGCCUUUAGGAUUCCCGGCACGAGCACUGACCAACUCGUCGUCUCCUCCGACUCCGGCCGUAUCGUCAUGCUGAAUUAUGACGCCGAGAAGAACGUCUUCAAACGCAUCCACCUGGAAACCUUUGGAAAGUCUGGCAUUCGACGCACAAUCCCCGGGCAGUACUUGGCGAGCGAUCCAAAGGGCAGGUGUUGCAUGUUGGCUUCGGUCGAGAAGAAUAAAGUGGUCUACAUUGUGAAUCGCAAUGCAGAAGGAGGCAUCUUGAUCUCGAGUCCGCACGAGGCGAAUCAAUGGGCCAGCUUGUGCUUUGCCGUGUGCGCGCUGGACACUGGCUGGGAACAUCCGGUCUUUGCGACGCUCGAGGUCGACUACAACGAUGCCGAGAACGAUCCGACGGGCGAGACGUACGAGAACCGGGAGAAGCAGCUGGUCUAUUAUACCGUGGAUCUGGGCCUGAACCAUGUGGUGAAAUCAUGGAGCGACACGGUCGAUUACACCGCCAACAUGAUCUUUGGAGUGCCUGGAGGUGCAGACGGUCCGAGUGGUGUGCUGGUGUGCUGCGAAGACCGGAUAUACUACCGCCACGACAAGUCAGGUUCCCUCUGCAUACCUAUUCCGAGACGGAAAGGUGCUGGAGAAGACCAGCAUCGGAAGCGGUGCAUUGUGGCUGGCUGUCUGCAUCUCGCACGCACGAAACACGAAUUCUUCUUCUUCCUUCAAACGGACGAUGGCGAUGUCUUCAAACUCACCAUGUCCAUGGCCGAAGAUGAUCAGGGCAGGCCGACCGCGGAUCCGGAAGCACUGCACCUCAAAUACUACGACACCUUCCCCGUGGCAAAGCACAUGCUGCUGAUCAGAAAGGGCUAUCUGUACAUCGCAGCUGAAAAUGGCAACAACAAACUCUACCACGUCACCGAUCUUGCCGAUGAUCCAACAGUCGAGCCAUGGAACAACUUUUCCUCCGCAGAGUAUGGCGAUCUCCUGCCCGCCCAAGACUACAAGCCUCUCUACUUCAAACCGCGCGGCCUCAUGUACACAUCUCUUGCUGUGGACGUCCCUUCACUACAUCCUCUUAUGCGCACAACAGUCGACAACCCGCUCAACGAGGAUGCACCUCAAAUCUACGGCAUCCAAGGGACAGGUAAGCGGAGCAAGUUCAAGACGAUCCGCCACGGCCUCAACAUCCAAGAGAUCGUUUCUUCUCCCCUCGGCAACGUCGACUGCUCCAACCUUUGGUCGAUCAAACAUCGAGCCUCCGACCAGUAUCACAGCUAUCUUCUGCUGAGCUCCGACUAUGCAGACAAGACGAUCGUGCUGGGUAUCGGAGACGAGGUAGAGACGAUGGAGGAGUCACCCUUCCUCACAAACCGCGCGACUCUGGAAGCCGGCUUGAUGGGCGAUGCCACUCUUGUGCAAGUCCAUGCGAGAGGCGUGAGGAGUAUUCUCGAGUCUGGGACAAUCAAUGAAUGGCCUACCCCUUCACAUCGCACGAUUGUCUCUGCGUCAGCGAAUGAGAGGCAAUUGCUGCUGGGCCUGAGCUCUGCUGAAUUGGCUUUCUUCUUCAUGGGCGAUGAUGGUGUCCUUAACCAGCUGGAGGAGAUGCCCGAGAUGAGCGGCAAGGUGACGGCAUUGUCAGUCGGCCAGACUCCGAAGGGUCAGAUGCAGGCGAAGUUCGCUGUUGUUGGAUGCGAUGACUGCACCAUUCGAGUUCUUUCCAUCGAGCUCGACUCGCCACUUGAACCACGAAGCGUGCAGGCACUCAGUGCCGUCCCAACGAGUCUGGAAGUCGUGGAACAGGUCGAUCCCACUACCGGCGUUGGUGUGACUUAUGUCCAUAUUGGUCUUCAAUCCGGCCUCUACCUCCGUGCCGUUAUCGACGAAGUGACAGGCGAGCUCGGCGAAGUACGGACCAAGUUCCUAGGUGCAAAGGCCACUCGUCUAUUUCCCGUUAACGCCAGCGGUGGUGCUGCCGGAGAAGGAGAGAGCAGCAUCCUCGCUUGCUCUUCUCGACCAUGGCUCGGAUACAACCAUCCUUUGUCGCAACUCUACACCCUCGCGCCGCUGGUCACUUCACCAUUGGACGCUGCACGAGGGUUUGUGAGCGAGCAUAUCAACGGGUUGUGCGCUAUCCAGGGCACCAACCUGCUGAUUUUCGAGCUAAGCUCAUUGGAAGGACGGCUGGCGACUGAGGAGAUCGCGCUCAAAUACACACCCAGGGGAAUGUGCAGGCACCCGUACGGGACCACCUGGUGGGUGGCGCAGAGCGAAGGCAACGUAUUGAGCCCGCGUACCAAGGCGACUCACAUCGCGAACGAAGAAGCCAAGAAGCUGGGGAAUGGCGUGAACGGUGAAGAUGCGAAGAUGGAGGAUGGCGAUGAGGACGGAGGAGUGAAGAUUGAUGAGGAUGGCGAGAAGCUGACGCCGGAAGAACUAACACCUGAUGAGCUCGAGCGACACCUCGGACUCACCAAGGCCACCGGACAUUGGGCUUCCUGCAUCUCGGCCAUUGAUCCGUACGAGGCGAAAGCAGUCACUGCUACGAUUGAGUUUGAGGAGAAUGAGGCUGCGCUUUGCGUGGCUGCUGUGCCGUUCGAGGUGCGGAAUUGGGAAGUGUUUGUGGUCGUCGGAACGGGUCAGCACCUCCAGCCGGGCAAUACAAUGGUGCAGAGCAAGGGAUAUGUACAUGUGUUCCGGGUAACGGACGAAGGGAGAGGGUUGGAGAGAGUCCACAGGACCGAGUUCACCUCACCCAUCUACGCCCUCCACCCCUUCCACGGCCGUCUCGCCCUCGGCAUCGGCGCUGAACUGUUCCUCUACGACAUCGGCAUGAAACAUCUUCUCCGCAAGACCCGUGGUGCCGCCGUGCCCAACCAAAUCACCUCACUCACCUCCCAAGGCAACCGCCUCAUCGCCUCCGACGUCUCGGAAUCCGUCACCUACAUCGUCUACAAAGGCGGCGACGCCAACCGGCUCAUACCUUUCGCCGACGACACCGUGCAGCGCUGGACCUCGAGCAUGACGAUGCUGGAUUACGAGACGGUGGCGGGUGGCGACAAGUUUGGGAAUCUUUGGCUGGUCCGCAGUCCGGAGCAAGCGAGUAAAGAGUCAGACGAGGAGGGUAUUGGUGGGUACAUUGUGAACGAGCGCAGUUAUCUUGGGGGAGCCCCAUACCGGCUUGAGCUGCGCGCGCACACCUUCACUCAGGAUAUACCGACUUCUAUCCAACGCACCGCUCUGGUGGCCGGCGGGCAAGAAGUGCUGUUCUGGUCCGGUCUCGAGGGCACCCUCGGCAUCAUGGUACCCUUCGUCUCGAGAGAAGACGUCGAGUUCUUCAGUCAACUGGAAGGGCUGCUGAGAUCGGAAGAUCCUCCAUUGGCGGGCAGAGAUCACCUGAUGUACAGGGGCUACUACGUCCCGGUCAAGGGCGUGGUGGAUGGGGAUCUGUGCGAGAGGUUUUUGCGGCUGGGCUUCGAUGCGAAGCAGAAGAUUGCUGGAGAGGUGGAGAGGGAGGUCAGGGAGGUGGAGAGGAAGGUGCAGGAGAUGAGAUCGAGGGUGGCCUUUUAG